AAUUGGAACCACCUUUCUCUGGAGAAUCUUUUCCUGUCGAUCGAGUAUCUGGAUCGGUCUUUCUUCAAAAGUCAGGAAGUCGAUUCGUGACCGGGAAUUGAUUAAGACGCUUGUGAAUUGGUUAUCUUGCUUAAGUAAGUUAAGUUGCAGGUCUGGGGAGUGAGGAUUGUCUCUUGGAGAAAUAAAUCGUUAGGAUACAGAAGUCUUGGUAAGAACUUCUAAUAAAGUUUAAAGAAUAUUUGGUUUUAUGAGGCGAUUUUGUUCUCAAGUUGUAAUAAGUUGAUUUAAUUUUUCGUUCUUAUCCGCUGCUAAGAAUUUCUUAUAUCUAGUAGUUCAUAAUAACACUAAUAAAACUCGAUCCGCAAGCUUCCCUUAAUUUCAAAUCCGUUUUUAACUGCCUUCUAACAUCCUGGUUUGACUCGGACGAUAUACACUUGUUUUUAAAAGGUCAUCUUCUCUUUUCGUACGAUCCGAGUUAUUCCGAGAUGUUGCAAUUAGUAUCAGAGCGAGAGUUUUAUUUAGUGUUAUUUAUCUAAAUUGAUAGACUAACGCAAAAAAAAUGAUGACGAGAGUAAAGGGGUAGACAUUAAGGGGAUAUGAUGUGUUUUGCUUGGUGUCUUUAAGCAUGAUGUUAUGGAUAUUUUUAUUAUGUGCUUGUUAGAUAUUUUGUUGAUGAAUUAUGAUAUUAUUUGAGCUUGGAAAUUAAUUGUUCCUUGGCUCUUUCUUUCAUUCGUGAGUCAUGGAUUACGAGCUUUUUUUUUAUUUGUCAUGGAUAAAGGAAAAAGACCUGCUGAAGGGGAAAGUAGUACCCUAGAAGAACCAUGGAGAGCCUUAGUAAAUAUACCAGUCUGGGCAGAGAUAGAAACAUUAAAAAUUUGGGACAAGAAAGAAGGAGAGAGUGAGCUAGAUUAUAAGCGCAGGAUGGAGAUGAUCUAUAAAAAGUCUCAACAAGUUUAUGAGGGAAUAAUAGAUGAGGGAAUUGCUGAGUUGAUUGAGAGAAUUGCUCAAUUGGAGCGAGAGUUUGAUAGAUGGGAUAGAGGAAUAGAUGUUGUAGACAAUGAGAGAUGUAAGAAUGCUGAGGCUAGUGGGGCAAGAGCUGAGAUUGUUGAGGAGGAUGUUCUAGUGGUCGACCCUAACUCAGUUCUGCAGAUAGAUUUUGAUAAGGAGGAUCCUGAGGAGGAUCUAGGAGAAGAUCCCGAGGAAGUCCUCGAAGAAGGUCUGGAGGAAAAUACUUGGGGAAAUUCCGAGGAGGAGGCUGAAGAGUUUUAUGAGGAUAGUGCGGAAGGGGGAUAUAAUGCUGAUAUGGAGGUAGAAGCAGCUGAUAGGGAAGAUAAUAUAAGCGAGAGUGAUAGUGAUAUUACAAUGUGGGAAGAAAUAUUACCCGAACCAGAAAUUGUUGAGCUUUCAUAUUCUAAGGAACAACUAGAUAUGAGUGACUCCCUACCCAUAGAGACACCCACUGAUUCUGAUAGCACAUCCAGUGACGACUCCGGGGAUGCUAAUUUUGACCCUGACUUAUAUGAGGAAGAUCGGGACCGUAUGGAUGCAUCGCCUUUUACUAUAUGAUCUUGCUUUUGAUUGUACUAUUUAUGCUUAUGAUUUUAUAUGACUAUUUUCACGCUAAUAAUGAUGUACGGAUAUUCUGUCGAGAAGUUUCUUCUAUUUUGUUUUGACAAUAUGGUUACGAAGAACGGUGAUUAUUUGGGAUUUUGUACCCAAGUAUUUUGGAAUUUAAUAAUAUGUUAUGGCAGAGUAUGCGGGUUGAAUUAUAAUAUCAUCUUGAUUUUCUGUUUAAUUAUUUAUAACCUCUUCUCAUUAGCUGAAUUUGUAAAGUUUGAUAUAUUAUGAUACUGAAAUUUUGUGAAUAUUGAGCAUUAGUAUAAUUAAUUAACAUAAUUCGUUUUUUUUUAUUUGGCGGAAGCUUAGGAGCCGAUUAACAGG